ACAUGUUAUUCGUUAACUUUAUUCUUGUUAUCUGUUUACGUCAAAUAUAAAAAGUAAAAAUACAUUUCUUUCUUCAUCUUGAUCUUUCUAUUUCUAUUUCUCUUUCCCUCUCCCCUGUAAAUCGGCAUCAAACCUUGAUAAAGAUCCCCUUCAAUUAAAAAACAAAUCAAGGUUUGACUCCUCUUUCACCCAAAUCGCGCAAUCCCUAUUUUGUUAGUUUUGACUUAAAGAUUGAAUUUUUCAAGAGAUCUUCGGAAAUCACUAUUUCCCGUUUCAGAAAGUUCUGAUAUCGUUGUUUUCCUUUUUUUUCUUUGUUUUGUGGGUUUUAUCUCGUAUGGAGAGAAUCGGUGAUUUUAUCACGAGAGAUGACGAUUCUCAAGCAAAUACCCAAUUUAUUGGUGCCGAAGAACCCUCGAUUUUGACUUCCAGUUUCUUCUUGGAUCAUGUUGGAGAGGUUUCUCUAACCCUUAAACCAGAUGGGUUAUCUUGGAAAUUGAUGGAUUCCCUUUGCAAUGACCACGAAGACAGGUCAACUUGUUUGGGAAUACAAAUUCUUUCCCGAAAUAAUACAUCAAUCAACAUCUCAGACGUGUAUGCUGUUGAGUUUAUAGAUUGGGGUUUAGUACAUGAAACCCUUCUCACAAAUCCAGGAUGCCUAUUGGGUCAUGCGUCCGAGGUUAAAAAAAUGUAUCGAUUCACAGUGCAUGGUGUCGAUAGGUCAAAGAGUCAACCUUCUCUUUGGGCUCCAAUUGUUUAUACAUUCGGUCACAUGGAUAAACCGACAUGUCAAAUGUGGGUGAACCGGUUGAGCGGUUUUCUAACCAUGGAAACUCACCGGCCUAAGAAUCUUUUGGUUUAUGUUAAUCCAGGAAGUGGAAAAGGAAAUGGAUGUCGAACUUGGUUGAGUUUAGCUCCAAUUUUUUCGCAAGCCAAAGUGAAAACAAAGGUUACAGUUACAGAAAGGGCUGGACAUGCUUUCGAGGCUAUGGCUUCUAUGUCAGACAAGGAGCUUAAUUCAUAUGAUGGAAUCGUAGCUGUUGGUGGUGAUGGAUUUUUCAAUGAGAUUCUGAAUGGAAUUCUGUUGUCAAGACAUAAAGCUCCAUAUCCACCUUCCCCUCCAGAUGAUGAAUCAGAAAGUGAUGUAUUACCUCAUGAUCCAACGGUCACGAUUACAGAGCCUUCAGUUUCUAGGGAAGAUGAGUCUCCACUUCUCUCCGGUUCGCCACUCGGUGGAUCACAACCCAUGAAUAAUAUAAAUGAAGAUUCUGAAAUGUCUUUUCCAAAUGAGAGAUUUCGAUUUGGGCUUAUUCCUUCUGGUUCUACCGAUGCUAUUGUAAUAUGCACAACUGGAGUUCGGGAUCCGAUGACAUCAGCACUACAAAUAAUCUUGGGUAAACGGUUAUGUCUUGAUAUAGCUCAAGUAGUCAGAUGGGAAAAAUCACAAUCCGGAAAAGAUCCACGUGUACGCUAUGCAGCUUCUUUUGCAGGUUAUGGAUUUUAUGGAGAUGUAAUUACAGAAAGCGAGAAAUAUCGCUGGAUGGGUCCAAAGCGAUAUGAUUAUGCGGGAACAAAAGUCUUCCUUAGGCACAGGUCAUAUGAGGCAAAAGUAGCAUAUAUGAAAGUAGAAGCAGAAAAAACAAAUGCGGGUGCGAAUGCAAGAAGGGUAAAGGCUUUUUGGGGUUUAUCUAAGGAGUCUGAAAGAGUGCCGUGUCGUGCCAAAUGUGAUAUUUGUAAUACACCUGUGACACCACAAAUGGAAACACGGGACCCACAAAAAGAAUCAAACUGGGUGAGAGUUAAAGGAAGGUUUCUUAGCAUUGGGGCUGCUGUAAUCUCUUGCAGAAAUGAAAAAGCACCCGAUGGGUUGGUGGCUGAUGCACACCUUGCAGACGGUUUCCUGCAUCUUAUUUUGAUCAAAGAUUGUCCUCGUGCUUUCUAUUUAUGGCAUCUCACGCAGCUAGCAAGGAAAGGUGGAACACCACUGAAUUUCGAUUUUGUUGAACACCAUAAAACUACGACUUUCACAUUUACUUCUUCUGGGGAGGAGAGUGUGUGGAAUGUGGAUGGUGAGAUACUUCACGCACAAAAGCUCUCUGCGCAAGUCUUUCGUGGUCUUAUUAGUUUGUUUGCUUCGGGCCCUGAAACAUAGGUUGAUCAGAUAGGAAAUGAUGGUUUUGCCCCUGAUUUAUCUAUACCCAUGUAUUUAUUUGUAAAUUCCUAUUAAAUGUAUAUACAUAGACUUUUUUUUUCUUCACAAAAUUUUAGACAUUAUGAACAAUAGCGUGAGUUUACAAAACUAAAUGAAAUUUGUUUUAUGUUA